UGCGACAAAACGUCCCAGUGUUUUAGUAAGCUGCUUGAUUUUCCAUUUCGAAGCUGCUUACAUUUUCAUCCACAUCCACCCCCAUGAAUCUGUUAUGAAAUUCUCCAGAUCCGUUUUCCGCUUGUUCAGUACCUUCAGUGAGACCUCCAAGUCACAGAGAACUACAAAUUGUUCAAUCUCCCUCAGCUCGAUCAAGGAGCUUCACGCCCAGCUUAUUAGAACCCAAAUGCACACCGACCCAUCCUCCAUCUCUGAGGUUAUCAAGUAUUAUGCUCUUUCUCCACCGUUUUUGCACAAAGCCCAUUUCGUUUUCAAUCAAAUCCAGCGACCCACAUUCCUGAUAUGGAACCACAUGAUCCGCGGUCUAUCAAAGGGCGACAGACCUACUGAUGCAAUUCAUUUCUAUAACAGCAUGUAUUGCCAAGGAUUACACGGGAAUAAUUUGACAUUCAUAUUUGUGUUCAAGGCUUGUGCUAGAGUUUCUGAUGUUGAGCGAGGCCAGAAGGUUCAUGUGCAUGCUAUGAAACUUGGGUUUGAAUCCUAUCUUUUUGUUUCCAAUGCUUUGAUUCAUAUGUAUGCCUGCUUUGGUGAGUUGGAUAUUGCACGGAAGAUGUUCGAUGGAAUGCCGGAAAGAGAUGUUGUUUCUUGGAAUUCUAUAAUUUGUGGGUAUUGUCAAUUUAAUGGAUUUAAGGAGGUUUUGAAUCUUUUUAGGGAAAUGCAGGCUAUAAAUGUGAAAGCUGAUUCCUUGACAAUUAUGAAAGUUGUUUUAGCUUGUAGCUUUUUGAGUGAAUGGGAGAUGGCUGACCAUUUGGUGAAGUACAUUGAUGAAAAUAGUGUUGUGGUUGAUAUCUACUUAGGGAACACUUUGAUAGAUAUGUAUGGACGCCGUGGUAUGGCAAAUUCGGCAGGCAGAGUGUUUUAUCAGAUGAAAGAGAAAAAUAUAGUAUCAUGGAAUACAAUGAUCAUGGGGUAUGCAAAAGUUGGAAAUUUAGUUGCUGCAAGGAAGAUUUUUGAUGAUAUGCCUUCAAGGGAUGUGAUCUCAUGGACCUCCAUUAUCACAGGCUAUGCUCAAGCUAAGCAACAUGGCGAGGCGGUGAAGAUUUUUCAAGAAAUGAUGGUGUCUAUGCUGAAACCAGAUGAAAUAACUGUUGCUACUGUGCUUUCUGCUUGUGCCCAUCUGGGUUCACUUGAUGUCGGAGAGGCAGUUCAUGACUAUGUAUGCAAGCACGACAUAAAAUCAGACAUUUUUGUGGGGAACGCGUUGAUUGAUAUGUAUUGUAAGUGUGGUGUGGUUGAGAAGGCAUUGCAUGUUUUUCAUGAGAUGAAAAAUAAGGACUCUGUGACAUGGACUUCUAUAAUUUCAGGUCUUGCUGUGAAUGGUUUUGCCGAUUCUGCUCUUAAUCUCUUCUAUCAAAUGUUGAAAGCAGGCAUAUUUCCAACUCAUGGGACUUUUGUCGGAGUUUUACUAGCUUGUGCUCAUGUGGGAUUGGUAGACAAGGGAAUGGAGCAUUUCGAGAGCAUGGAGAAGAAAUAUGGACUCACACCAGAAAUGAAACAUUAUGGAUGCAUUGUGGAUCUUCUGAGUCGUUCUGGCCAUCUAGACAAGGCCUACGAGUUCAUAAAGAAAAUGCCGAUGGUUCCCGACGUUGUAAUAUGGAGAAUAUUGUUAAGUGCUUGCAAGCUGCAUGGAAAUGUGGUCUUGGCUGAGCUUGUCUCAAAGAAGCUUCUUGAAUUGGAUCCUCAAAACAGCGGGAAUUAUGUCCUCUCUUCAAGUACAUAUGCAGGUUCAGACAGGUGGGAUGAUGUUCUGAAGAUUAGAGAACUGAUGGAAGAGAGUGAUGUGCAGAAACCAUAUGCUUAUAGCUCCAUUGAAUUAAAUGGAAGGACAUUAACUAAAUCUCAUGAGCUCAUUUAACUCAAUGUCAACAACCCAACUUAUCUGAGUGCUUAUCCWAUGCAAUUGGUUUACUGGAUCAAUGCACUCAAGAAGCAUUCAUAUCCUUGAAGCCAGAACUCUCCCCUGCUAAAUGGAUUGAUGUUAAAAAGAUUUCUCUUAGCUGGUCAAUGCUAUACAAAGUUCUAUAGAACAUUCGAAAUUAUCCUUCAGAGUAACUACAGAAGGUUUUAAAUGUUCUAUAUGUGCCUAUAUUUGCCUCCACACCCUCCAUCCAGUUCUUUGUAUCCAACCACGAAAACCACCAAAGAAAAGUUGAGCUUGUUCUAAAAUUUGUUGACCUUGUGGCAUUGAUAAACAGCUCGUGGAGUCCCCUGGUAUAAUCAGAGUACAUCUUUAUGGGUUUGUACAGAUUGAAAAUACUUGAAGAAGGUGGUCUGCAGGCUCUGGCAAAUCGUUUGAAACAGUAGAAUGAGGAUCAGAAGAACUAGCAGAUCAUGACCAAAAUUUGAGUAAGAAAAGGAUGCAACGUCCAAAUCUAGAG